CCCAUAAAUCAAGUGUGGGGCUUUCCUCGCAAAUCGGAGACAAUGAGCCGUGUUGAUGGUUCAUUUUGAACAGGCGGAUCCACGACUAUCUUCAUCUUCUAGGAAUCAGUACGUAGGGUUCGUGAAUCAAUCAGAAUCAUCAAGUUUACCACAAUCAGCCAUCUUCUAUUACGACUACUUCCUCACCUUCGGAUCCGAAUACGCCCGCAUAUGGAAGCAGCCGAAGACGAGGGGAACUUUGCUGUUUUUCUUGAAUCGAUAUCUCACUUUUUUCGGCGAUGUUGCGGUCAAUGUCGGCAAUUUCUACACGUUCCAUUCAGCAAAAAGUUGCAGAGACUACGCGCUUUACCGUCAGGUGCUGCUCAUCGGCGCUCAAGUAGUUGUUUGCAUAAUCUUGUGUCUCCGUACACACGCCUUGUAUCACCGUAACAAGCGAGUAUUGGCCUUGAUGCUGUUUACGGGUUUCAGUCUGGCAGGCGUUUCUAUUUAUGCUGUAACCGAUCAGAAACAAGGCGAAACGCUCGACGGAGGCUGCCAUAUUGGAUCUACCCGUAUCACAGCCAUCCGCAUAGCGGUUGCUUGGGAGUCCCUUUUUGUGUACGACGUGAUAAUUUUCUCUCUCACCUUAUGCAAGACAUGGAAGGAGCGAUUUCUUCACCCGAUCUUGAUAGAGCGGAUAGACAUUCUCGCUCUCAUGCUCCGCGAUGGCGCAAUGUAUUUUGCAGUGAUGGCAUCCGUCAACCUGGCCAACACCUUGACCUUCUAUUUCCUUCCGCCUUUGCUUGUAGGGGCUCUCUCUACCUUCGCUAGCAGCGUCUCCGUGACCAUGAUGUCACGUUUGAUGUUGAAUCUCCAUGAGAGCGCCAGCGCGCACCCGUCGUUCGCCACGAAUCCAUCUGGCACCGAAAAUUCAACAACCCUGUUGUUCACCUCCGAGAUCUUAAUGGAUCGCCAGGCUGCCGUAGCGGCUACCAAUGAGCAAGAUGUCACCAGCGAUCCUGACCGCCUCAUGGAUGAAGAACAACUGCCAGCAGGGGAAGAAUACGAGCUGCAGGAAAUCAGUUACAUACCAAGACAUCCUGAGACUGCGGCUGGACCAUCUCGAGGGGGAUCGGCAAGUCGAGCCAUCUGAAGGUAUUGAACGGACGUGACUUUCAUUCAUCAUGGGCUUCUGGCUGGCCGAACAACGUGAUGAUAGAGUGUAGAACAAUCUCGGCUUCCAUGCAGUGUAUUUUUUAGACAAAUGCUUUCGAGGUCUUUAGCAAUGUAUCAACGCCAUAACGUCACCGUG